GUCUUUUUAUGUCUCAAACGGUGGCAGCUUUCUCUCCUCCCAUAUAUCUCUCAGUUCCUUUUUUUUUUUCAAGUAAAUUGGGGAAACGUGGAGGUCUGGUUUUCUACUUACAAACUCCCACUCCGUGAAUCAAAGCUCAUGAUCAGCCAUGGAUCUUUAUGAAAAUUUGAAAGCUAUUCUUAAGAUUCAGAAAUUCAGAAGAGUUGUAUCCUACACUGGAUUCUAUUGCUUCGUUUCCGUUUUGACUUAUGCAUACACAAGCAACACGACAAGGGCAGGUGUCCCUAGAGUUGACCAGUUUUAUGCAUCUUAUCCCGCGGGGACAGAACUACUAACUGACACCGCUAAGUUAUAUAAAUCUGCUCUUGGCAAUUGUUUUGAACUGGAAGAGUGGGGUCCCAUAGAGUUUGCUAUCAUGGCUAAACACUUCGAUCGCCAAGGAAAACCACCUUAUGCAUACCACGCUCAGGGAGAAUCCAUGCAAGUAUAAAUGAUGCUUAUGCUGUGCUACUUAGGCAUGCAGCAAUAUAUGGCACACCUCCUCUCUCAGGGACAGCUCGAUGGAAGUGGUGAUUAGAGUUGUGAGUAUUAAAACUCCACAGCAAAAUGAUCGGUUCGUAAUUUAAUCAAUUUGGAACUUUUAUCAGUUUAUAGUAUCUUAGAGCUGAAUAUUUAGGGUUUUGAAACUUAGUCGACAAAUACUUAAACUUAAAGAGGUUUUAUCUACUUCGUACUAUAAGAAAAUGAUUAAGCACAUAAUUUUGGGUUUUGGCCUUUUGAGCUUUGAAAUUUUCUACACUGAUGAAGAAGCUUUUCUAACUUGACAGAUCAGUUUGUGUACAUUUUCUUUUCUUGACAAAUCAGUUUGUGUACAUUUUCAUAAGAGAGUAGUCCUGUGUAUUUCAGUAAUUGUAGAAUUUACCAUGAUUCUUUAUCUACACGGUGUUUUACAUGAUAUUAUGUGCACUAUUGUUUCACUGCUCGGUAUUUUAGUUCUGAAGUUGGGAUCUUUGUAAGUGUUACUAUAUUUUAUGGGGAUAAGUUUUUUGCGUGUGCACAAA